AUGGCAUUUUAUCAUUGGUAUAGCAACAGGGUCACCGUCCAGAGCCAUCCGGUCGUCAGUCGAACUCAUCAGUCUGUUACUGACUUUCUUGACCGCUCUACUGAUACUUCAAUAAUAGAUAAUUUUCGUUUAGACAAAGUCGGAAUCCAUCAUUUCGCAGAAAAAAUCAGAAAACACGAGUUGAUUGAGCGGAAGACUCAAUCUGGCCUCCCUGUUGAGACUCAGCUCAUGGUUGCCCUUAGCUUCUAUUCCUCUGGCAACUCACUUCGCUCACUUCGCAGCACUGCCGACCUCAAACUGUCACUUGGUUCUGUCGAGAAUUGUGUAAAGAAUGUUUCGGUUGCCUUGUCGUCAUUGGCGAGUGAGUAUAUCACUAACUCGUGGGAAACAAGCUCGGUUGUUGCGACUAAACAAGGUUUCCUGGAUUAUGGUGGGUUUCCAGGGUGUCUUGGGGCAAUUGAUGGGACUAAGAUAAAGAUAAGAGCCCCGUCAGUUGACGAAGAUGCGUAUGUGGGUCGGCAUCCCGGACACUACAUUAACUGUCAGGCAAUUUGUGACCAUAGAUUAAAGUUUUUGGAAGCAUCUGUUCGGUGGCCUGCGAGCGUAAAUGAUUCUACAAUAUGGGAGCAUUGCUCUUUCAGAGAAGAACUGGGGCUUUUCCUCGCUUCAAAACCCUCUGACUACCAAGGUUGGCUCAUUGGGGAUUCGGGGUAUGCUCAGAGAGAAGAAAUGAUGAUACCGUAUCUUGAACCGGACUCCACGGCAAAGGUAAAAUAUAAUGGACGCCACAAGAAGUCUCGGUGUGUAAUUGAGCGGGCAUUUGGGGCACUAAAAUCUCGCUUCAGAUGCCUCUGCAAGGAGAGUGGGGGUGCCCUGAUGUUUGCACCUGAUAUGGCAUGCGCUAUAAUCGUGAGCUGCAUGGUGUUGCAUAAUUAUUGCAUUGAGCGGAAUUUCCCGAUGACAACUUCAGAGCAUGUGAAGAAGAGCAUAGAACUUGAGAACAUUGCUAAUGUGUCGAUCCGACCACCACCUACUAUCUCACAAUCCGAUAAGACGCUCAGCAUCCGCGGGAUCGUGGCAAGAAACAAACUAAUGGUUACUCACUUCAGCUCCAAGAAAAGGGUCAGGCAGUGACAAAGCGACAGUGGCAGUGCAGCAGACUGAUACUUGAGCAAUUAGUACAGCACAGAGUCAGAAUGAUUAUUCUUUGGUUAAAUGCGCAAUUAUAUUUUGUUAACUGUGAGGUCAUCAUAUUUUUAUCAUUACCCGUAUGAGCAGAAUGGUAAUAAUUUUUAAUUUCGUUCAAUGGGUAUAUUAGCAUGUCCUCUAUUGUUAUUGAAAUAAUAUAACUAUAAACACUUUUAUCCGAUCACAGACUAUUUUGAUCAGUACCAUUUAAAGUCAUUAAACGUUUAAGAAUAUAGGAAGAAGAUUCGGUAAUAGCGUAAUAUCGACCUCUAAGUUGAUCGUAAGUCCCUAAAAGUUGACAAAUAGGUGUCGUGAGUUAUAUCGUAAGUGGCCAUUUCUACGAUCAACCAAAAGUUCAACUUACGAUCAAAUUUUGAAUCUACGAUCGCGUGAUUCACCUCACGCAACCAUCACGCUCCUUAUUUGGGUUAAUAAGGUGGUAGUAGGAUAUCAUAUGUAGAUCGUAAAGUUAUAUCGUAAGUAGCUAAAGUUCAAUCGUAAGGCUUAAAUCGAUUAACGUUUCGUGGACAGAUUGAUAGU